UAGAGAUAUGAAGCUUCAAGAAGGCACCAUGAUGGCGUCCUCUUUGUGGAUGUCCCUCUGCUUCUUGCUGUUUCUUUCAACUCUGUGCAACAGCGUUAAGUUCGACGUCUGUGAAGAAAAAACAGGCAUAGUGCAGAAGGCGAAGGCAACGCAACUCGCUGCGAAGCUGGUCGACAAGUGUGCCCUUCCCAUUGUUUCGAAGUAUAAGUUUUCUACGAAGAUGAUCCAGCGGGCGGCCUCCAAAAUGUGCGUCGUCUUUCGAUUCUGCUUUCACAAGUACAUUCCGUUGAAGAAGUCUAAGGGACCUGACGCCUACCGGGAGGAGGUGUACGAGUGUAUCGCCAAAAUGGCAUCGGUAUUUACUGUCGUCCUAAAUCCUGACUGGAUAGACACGAAGAAUCUUGAAGAUCCGCGAGGCCUUUACUACGAUGGCGUUAACUGCACGAGGAAGCACAGCAUCUUUUCUGAAGAUUCUGCCAUCGCCCUCGCUGGAAUAAAAUGGGUCCGGGACACUUUGUUUUAG